CGGCGGCGGGGUGAGGUGACGGCGGCGGCGAUGAUGUCCGGGGCAGAGGAGCGUGAGGCCGGUGGGGGCCCGGCCGCCCCCUCCGCUGCCCUCCCCGGUCCUGCAGCGAUAGCAACGGGGGCUUCGGGUGAAGCGGGAGGAGCUGAAGAAGCGGCGGCUUCACUUCUCGGUGGGGCCCGGCCUCACGGUGAGGCGGGAGCCGAUCCUGACGCUCCACCUAAGAAACGGUUAAGGGCAGCGGGAACCGGCUCAGGUGGACCUGAGGGGGCAGCGGGUAGCGUGAAGCUGGAGGAGCGGCUCUACUCCGUCUUGUGCUGCACCGUCUGCCUCGACCUGCCCAAGGCCUCGGUCUACCAGUGCACCAAUGGGCACCUGAUGUGCGCCGGGUGCUUCAUCCACCUGCUGGCGGACGCGCGGCUGAAGGAGGAGCAGGCCACCUGCCCCAACUGCCGCUGCGAGAUCAGCAAGAGCCUCUGCUGCCGCAACCUGGCCGUGGAGAAGGCUGUCAGUGAGCUGCCCUCCGAGUGCGGCUUCUGCAUGCAGCAGUUCCCCAGGUCCCUGCUGGAGCGCCACCAGAAAGAGGAAUGUCAGGACAGGGUGACCCAGUGCAAAUACAAGCGGAUUGGGUGCCCCUGGCAAGGUCCUUACCAUGAGCUGUCGGUGCAUGAAGCCGAGUGCACCCACCCCACCAAAACUGGCAACGAGCUGAUGGAGAUCUUGGAUGAGAUGGACCAAACCAGGAAAAAGGAAAUGCAGCUCUACAACAGCAUCUUCAGCCUGCUCAGCUUCGAGAAGAUCGGCUACACAGAGGCGCAGUUCCGCCCGUACCGCACCGACGACUUCAUCACGCGGCUGUACUACGAGACGCCGCGGCUGACCGUCCUCAACCAGACCUGGGUGCUGAAGGCGCGGGUCAACGACUCGGAGCGCAACCCCAACCUCUCCUGCAAGCGCACCCUCUCCUUCCAGCUCAUCCUCAAGAGCAAAGUCAACGCCCCCUUGGAAUGUUCUUUCCUCCUCUUGGAAGGACCCUACGACGACGUCCAGAUCCGCCCCGUCAUCUACCAUUUCAUCUUCAGCAACGAGAGCAACGAGACCGACUACAUGGCGCUGCCCAUCGUCGAUUCGGUGGAGUGUAACAAACUGCUGGCGGCCAAAAACAUCAACCUCCGCCUUUUUAUAUUCCAAAUCCAAAAAUAGGACUCUGAUAGAAACCCUCCUCCUCCCCCCCCGACAUCCCCCCCACUCCCCCCCCGACCGGUGGAUCCUCGCUCGGUCCCACAGGGAUUGAGAGAAAAGGGGACGACCCUUUUAACAAUGGAGGGAAAUCUGCAUGUGAUGGUGAUGGUGGCGGCUUCUCCUUCCAGUAACCAGCUGCUGGUGGUGACAAAAACAUCGAUUCUUGGUGGUGUUUAUUCCAGAUCUGAAAACAGGACUCGGAAAUGACCCCUCCCACCACCAGAUCCAUCUUUGGUGUUACCAGGAUUGAUGGAAAAGGGGAAGAACCCCUCAGAAUGGAGGGAAAUCUGCAUGUGAUGGUGAUGGCGGUGGCUUCUCCUUCCGGUAACCGACUGCUGGUGGUCAAAAAACAUCAGUUCUGGGUGGUUUGUGUUCCAGAUCGACACAUGGGACUCAGAAAUGACCCCUCCCACCAUCAGAUCCAUCUUUGGUGUUACCAGGAUUGAUGGAAAAGGGGAAGAACCCCUCAGAGUGGAGGGAAAUCUGCAUGUGAUGGUGAUGGCGGUGGCUUCCCCUUCCAGUAACCAACUGCUGGUGGUCAAAACCAUCAGUUUUUGGCUUUUUAUAUUCUGAAUCCAAAAUCAGGACCUUAAAGUGACACCCACCCCACCAUUGGCUCCUCCUUUGACAUCAUCAGGAUUGAGGGAAAAGGGGGUUAAAAACACCUCAAAAAUGGAGGGAAAUCUGCAUGCGACAGCGGUAACCGCAGCUUCUCCUUCCAGUAACUAAUGGAUAGUGGUCAAAACCCAUCAGUUUUUGGCUUUUUAUAUAAUAAAUCCAAAAAAUAGGACUCAAAAAUGACCUUCCCACUGUCAGAUCCCCCCCCUUGGGUGCCGCCAGGACUGAUGGAGAAGGGGGAAACCCCCUCAAAACGGAGAGAAAUCUGCAUGUUGUGAUGAUGGCGGCUUCUACUUCCACUAACCAACUGCUGGUGGUCAGAAAAGAAGAG